CUUCUCUCUUCCCCACUCCGCCUCUCGUGUUCUCUUCUUGAAAAACCAAAACAUCACGUUUUGCUCAACGAGUUUAUUAUAUUUUUUAAGAUCUAAUCACGAAUCAUUGCUGAAAAAAAAUAUUCGCUGACAGAGAAAAGUUUGUAAACGAUUUCGCAAUGUCUUUGUCGCUGUUAGCCGGUUUGCGGUCACGGACGUCAGUAACUUGCAAAAGUUGCCGGUCCAUUUUCACCUCUGCGGUCCGUGAUGGAAAAAGAAAUUUCAGAAAGUUUGAAUUGCAAAAUAAGAGAGGGUCCAAGGAAUUCCGGCUGAAACGAAACGCCGGAGAAUAUCCAGACAUUCCGAUUGAAACUAAGGUUCGGCCCAUUGGAUACAAAAUUGGAGACAAAUUCGUCCAAGUGCCUGAAAUGAUGUCGGAGCUGGUUGUUCCUGACUUAGAAGGCUUCACGUUGAAACCGUACGUCUCGUACCGUGUCCCAGAUGUGAUCCAGACAGAGUUCACUUCUCAGGAUUUGUUCGACGCUGUGUAUUCGAAGAAAAUUGUUCAAGACUUCAAAGAGGGCAAGCUGACUGAAGACGGCCAGCCCCUGGAACCCAGUCCGGAGGAAAAACUUACUUCAGAAGAGGCUUUCCAGAGGGCAAGGAAAACUGGUAGUGAUAUCUUCAUGCAGGAGUGGGACGACAACCCGAAGAAAAGUUUUAUUUAGUCACAGAUUUGGAUAAAAAAUAUUAUAAGAAUUAAAAAUUUGACAGUCUUAAAAAUUAAAUAAAAAAAA